AAAAAUAAUGGCUUUGAUGUCCUCUAUCAUAAUAUGAAACAUGGACACAUAUCAACAAAAGAACUAGCAGAUUUUGUAAGAGAAAGAGCUACGAUAGAAGAGGCAUAUUCCAGGUCAAUGACAAAACUAGCAAAAUCAGCAAGCAAUUAUUCACAACUUGGAACUUUUGCACCAAUGUGGGAUGUGUUUAAAACAUCUACAGAAAAAUUAGCAAAUUGUCACCUGGAUCUUGUUAGGAAAUUGCAAGAAUUAAUAAAAGAAGUUCAGAAGUAUGGAGAAGAACAAGUAAAAUCUCAUAAAAAGACAAAAGAAGAAGUUGCUGGAACGUUGGAAGCUGUCCAAGCUAUUCAGAACAUAACUCAGGCCCUCCAGAAAUCCAAGGAAAUUUACAAUGCCAAGUGUGUAGAACAGGAGCGUUUGAAAAAGGAAGGAGCCACGCAAAGAGAAAUCGAAAAGGAUGUAUGUAUAUAUGUAUAUGUGUACAACAUUUAUAUUUCUUCCCAGAAAUUUCAAGAUAUUGAAGAAACUCAUCUCAUUCACAUAAAGGAAAUUAUAGAAUCCUUGUCAAAUGCUUUAAAGGAAAUCCAUUUGCAAAUAGGGCAGGUGCAUGAAGAAUUUAUUAACAACAUGGCUAACACCACAGUUGAAAGUUUGAUACAAAAAUUUGUUGAAUCCAAAGGAACUGGGAAGGAAAGACCUGGCCUUAUUGAAUUUGAAGAAUGUGACCCUGCUAGUGCAGUUGAAGGUGUGAAACCACGGAAAAGAAAGACAUUUGCACUUCCAGGGAUAAUUAAAAAGGAAAAGGAUGCAGAAUCUGUGGAAUGCCCCGAUGCAGAUUCACUUAAAGAGAACCAUUUCUACUCAUCUAGUGACUCUGACUCUGACGAUGAAGAACCAAAGAAGUACCGGAUACAAAUCAAACCUGCUCAUCCAAAUAACGCCCAUCACACCCUGGCGUCUUUGGAUGAAUUGAAAGUAUCUAUAGGGAAUAUAUCGUUAUCCCCAGCAGUAUCUAGACAUAGCCCAGUGCAGAUGAAUCGGAAUUCUUCUAGUGAAGAAUUAACAAAAUCAAAGCCACCUGGUCCAUCUAAUGAGAAAGGUACCAGUGAUUUACUUGCUUGGGACCCCCUGUUUGGACCAUCUCUUGAUUCAUCAUCUUCAGCUUCACUAACUUCAUCAUCAUCAGCCAGGCCCACAACUCCUCUUUCGGUGGGCACCAUUGUCCCACCACCAAGGCCGGCUUCCAGACCAAAGCUUUCUUCGGGCAGACUCAGUGGGAUUAAUGAAAUACCCAGGCCAUUCAGCCCACCUGUAACUUCUAACACCAGCCCACCUCCUGCUGCUCCAUUAGCCCGGGCAGAAAGUUCUUCCUCCAUCUCAUCCGCUGCGUCCUUGAGUGCAGCCAAUACUCCAACAGUAGGUGUAUCACGAGGUCCCAGCCCUGUCAGCCUGGGAAAUCAGGACACCCUACCCGUGGCCAUCGCGCUGACAGAAUCAGUGAACGCCUACUUUAAAGGAGCAGAUCCCACCAAGUGUAUUGUGAAGAUCACUGGUGACAUCACAAUCUCCUUCCCAAGCGGCAUUAUUAAAGUCUUCACCAGCAAUCCGGCCCCGGCUGGGCUGUGCUUCAGGGUGAAAAACCUCAGCAGGCUUGAGCAGAUUCUUCCGAAUGCACAGCUUGUGUUCAGUGAUCCAUCACAGUGUGAUUCCAACACAAAAGAUUUUUGGAUGAACAUGCAAGCUGUUACUCUCUACCUCAAGAAGCUAUCAGAGCAAAAUCCAGCUGCUUCUUAUUAUAAUGUAGAUGUCCUAAAAUAUCAGGUGUCAUCCAAUGGUAUUCAGUCUACUCCUCUGAAUCUUGCAACAUACUGGAAAUGCAGUGCCAGCACCACGGACCUCAGAGUGGAUUACAAGUACAACCCGGAAGCCAUGGUGGCUCCCAGCGUGCUCUCCAACAUGCAGGUGGUGGUGCCCGUGGACGGAGGAGUCACACACAUGCAGUCCCUGCCCCCUGCAACAUGGAAUGCAGAACAAAUGAAAGCCCUUUGGAAAUUGUCUGGUAUUUCAGAAAAAUCAGAAAAUGGAGGUUCAGGAUCCCUCAGAGCAAAAUUUGACCUUUCAGAAGGACCCAGUAAACCAACCACACUGGCGGUGCAAUUUGUCAGCGAGGGAAGUACCCUCUCAGGAGUUGAUAUUGAACUUGUAGGCACUGGCUAUAGGCUUUCCUUACUAAAGAAGCGGUUUGCCACUGGACGAUACCUGGCUGCUUGCUGAUGGACCUGGGGAAGGCGUUGGCACACAGAAGCAGUACAUUCUGCAUUAUCUGUUCUUUGCAAACAUUAUUCUCCCUUGUACAAUGUCUGUUCAGCACAGGUGUAUUGAGAGCAAACUGCACAUAUUGCAUUGCACUUUCAAAGUCAGUCAUUGGAAGAAAUAGCAGUGAGGUGAUUUUCAGUGCUAUACCUUAUCAACUGCAAUAUUCAGGAAGCACAUUUAUUCUCACUUAAUGAAGUCUUAAUAGUGAAAUUUAAACUAAUCUUUAUUGUCUAUGUUGUGAAAGGGGUUGAUGGUAGAAACAUCAGGUCUCAAAUUUCGAAAGAGCGACCCCCCCAAAUAAUUUCGCUUUCAAUAUUAGAGUCAGAGAUAGCUUAAGUUUGAUCUUAGAGGGAGAGAUACAAGCAGAACAUGAAGUUUUGUAAGUUUUGAAUAAUGUUCAUUCAGAAUACUCAAUCAAAUUGAGGAAUGUGCCAUAAAUCAUCAGCCAGGAGCCCUCAUAUGCAAAAAAUUAUCAUUUGAUUCUCAUAUUAAAAUAUUAAUAAAGUGUAAAUGGUGUUUUAUAUAAUUUUUUAAUCCUCAAGUGCAAUGUGUUUUAAAAUAAACUUGCAAAAGACAGCAGAGAUACUUACUCCUGCAGUUAGUUAAUGUUAUAGAAGUUAUGAUUGUUUUGAUGAAUUAAUGCUAUAGAGUUAAUUUAUUUUUAUAUGGAUUGCAUAAUGUGUGCCUUCUAAAACAAUAACAAGCCCAGCACCGUGCCUGCCGUUUGUGUGGAUGAGUGUGCCUCAUGUGCUUUCUCAGCUGCGUGCUCCCUCAGAACCGGUGGUGAGCAAGCAGUUGGACAAGAGUUGCAAUUUUAGUAAGUAUCUUUGACUGCAGUUGGGAAGGAAAUUCAAAGUAACUAAAGAAACAACUUAUGCCUAAGAUUUCCGGCUCUUUUCUGCAAUGAAACAUUGUAGCCACUUAGAAAACUAUGCAUAAUGGUAGAUAUUUAAAGGGGGGAAAUUGAACUUCAAAUAUUUGAUCUAUGUGAAUUUUUAAACUGAAACUGAAACUGAAACACUAUGAUCGUCAAUGGCAGUUGGUAUUCACUCGGUGAAACGUUUCUGCAGCUGUUUCUCAUUGCUAACGUACCUGAUUGCAGUUUAGAGCCAGUGAGUUCUGAUAACGGGGAGGAGUGCUGCCAUUUGUUUUGUGUUCAGCAUUUGGAAACGUUAUCAAUUUGCACAGUGUUGGGGUGCCACCUGUUAGAAAUAGAGAACGUAUUUGAUGUGUUUUGGGAAAGCAUUUUUAAACUACUAAUGUCAAAUAGUAAAAAAAAAAAUCUAACUUUAUAACAAAUCCUGGUUAAUUUCAGAAAGGAAAUAUUUUGUACAAACUUCUAUGAUUUACAAAUGAAAAUUUUAUUUACAGUGAUAAGUGUCAGUGCCCUUCAUUUUGUGUAGUAGAAGUGAUAAGUUGUGCUACAUAUGAUUGAUUAUUUAUACAAAACCACUAAUAGUUCUGCAAAAAAUAAAACCCCUUUCACUAAACAUUCAUAUGUAAAAUCUUAGUAUACUAAAUACAGCAGAAAAUCUAUCCCAUAGCAAUAAAUAACACAAUUUGUGCUUUUUAAAAACAUAUAUUCAGUUUUAGCCCAAUUCUAAAUUUAGAUUUGACUGAAGCAACACAUAAGGCAAUUUGCUAGCAUGUUAAUCAUUACUGAUAGCGAGCAAAACUAGAAUUUCUAACACGUUGUCCUUUGUAAAAUACCAGUUACUGUCAUUUACUGGAAAGGUAACUGUAAUCUGCUUUGCAAUCAAACUGCUUUUAUUGCGCAGUUAACAUUGUAUUACUGGAGUCCAGAUAGUAUACUCACCAUGUUUGUUUUUAAUCAAGUCUUUCCUACAAAUGUACAAAUUAGUGAAAUGGUUAAACUUCUGCACUUUCUUAACCACAGUUUUUAUACCAAGUGUUGAUGCAUAGAUUUUUUUCUAUUGGGUGCAGGUUACAAAUUUGAAGCCAUAUAAGUUUAUAUUGAUUGUUUUGCUUUGUUUUUCCUAUAAAAAGAAAUCCACUAAUGGUGAAAAACAGACCAGUAGAUUUUCAAUGGGAGAUGUAUAUAGCAAGCUGGUUCUUGCUUAUGUAUAGUGAUACACUUUGUAGUUUCUCUUAACCACGAAUUUGUAAACACAGAACUCUAACAAUGUGAGUUUUUAAGGAUUGUUAUUUACUACUUUGGAUUGUAAUUAGAACAUUGCAAAUCUAUCUUACAAAAUUUUGUAAAUAUUUUUGAUUUUUUCAUAAAAUGUAAAUUUUACAUCAAAGUUGUACCCUUAAUAAACAUGUAAUAUAUAAUUUA